GGACAUAAUAAUAUCUCUUGUUGUUACUAUAAAGUACAAGUACUCCGUAUUAUUUAUCAUUACUGUAUGAUUAUUGCCUUUAUUGGCGGUUUAAUUUAGGUAUCCCAAAAAGCACGCUGCAUUCAGAACUCUUUUACUACCUCUGCAAAGCUCAUUCUCCGCUCAAACUUGAUAGGGGUAUCGUGGACUGCUGCUAUGAGGGCAGUCACCUGCUGGCACAUAUGUAAAAUCGGGUCAUAAACAACCGGGGUGGACGACGGUUAAGAAAGCAAAUGGCACAUUCAUUCACAUUCACAGAGGCCGGAACAAAGGCAUUAAAAGCUUUAAGUGGAGUACUUGGAGCAGGAGCAUCCAAAUGGAUUAAUCCAAUGCUAUUAGCUUUGGAGGCAUUACAAGUUUUGGAGAUUAGCAGCAAGUUAGCCGAUGAGGUUGCUAAGAUCAAACUAUCAAAACCACCAAAGACGAAGAGUCAUCAAAUUCCUUCAGUAUUGGCUCUGUCCAAGAAACACUAUGUGGGUUUCAGGCUGCUGAAAUGUAAAGGGAUUAGGGAUAUCAGAUUUGACCUCCAGGACGACAUAAGAACGGUUUCUCUGCCUCAGGUCACUUUAAAAUGUGAUUCAGAGGUGGUUUUGAGAAACUUGGUGGCAUAUGAAUCUGCCAUAGCAACCCCAGGGUCAGCCUUUGAGCUUGCUGGAUAUAUUCACCUGAUGAGCAACUUACUGCAGACACCAGAUGACGUGGCGAUGCUACGGGUGAAGGAGAUCAUCAAGGGAGACCUAACAGAUGGAGAAGCUGUUGAAAUCUUCAACGGGAUCGGAAAAUCUGCAGGGAACUCGAAGCCGAAGGUGGAGUGUGCAAGCAGGGAGGUGGUGAAACAAGUGAAGCGAAUGGUGGAGGAUUGGGAGAAGAAGAGGAAGAGGUAUGUAUUGAAAAGGGUGUGGAAGUGUGUGGAGAAGAAGGUCAAGAAUGGUGUGGAGUUAAUGAGGAAGCCCGUGAGAAUUGGUAUGAAGUGUCUGUUGUAUCUGAUAAUGAUUUUGUUACUUGUGCUGGAGAUGAUGCAAGCAUAUCGCCAGAUUUAUGAACCCAACAAAGGCAGGGGUUCUUAAGCCAAGACCGGCUAUGAGUUCCACUGUGUCACGAGAGGGUUAGAUGCUCAGAUGCAUGUACGGAGUAUAUAUUUAUUCAGUUGCUAAAUAAGUAUAACAUGUGGAAUUUUCCAUUAUCCACGAGUUCUAUUUUGACUAUGUUUUAUCUAUUAAUGUAUUACUCGGUAAUAAAUAAUAAAUUAUCUUUUAAAA